UGCCAGGUUCCCGGCCUCUAUAAAACAGGCUGUGGAGGGAGCCUGGGCAGCAGCCUCAACAUGACCUCCUGGGCCGUCCUGCUCAUCGCCUCAGUGCUCCUGGUCGCCCCAGGGCUGGCCUUUUCCGGUCUGACCCCUGAGCACCACGAUCAGGCGACGGCCCAUCUGUGUGAAGGAGACGAGUUGUGCCAGGGCCUGUCCCCGGAGGAUCCCCAGGGUGACCUGGUGCUCCAAAGAGAGGAGCUGGGCCUACUCUGUGAUAACUGUCGGAAGAUAAUACAACAUCUGGAGGAAAUGGUGGGAGAUCAGCCUAAUGAGAAAACCAUCAGAGAGGCGGCCUCCAAGGUGUGCAGCAAGAUGAAGUUGCUGAGUGGUGUGUGCAAGUCAAUCAUGAAGAGAUUUCUCCGUGUCAUCUCUCUGGACAUCUUAGAUGGAAAAAAGCCUCAGGCCAUCUGUUUUGACAUCAGGCUGUGCACAAGCAAGGCAGGUCUCAUCUGAUCCUUGGGUCCCCUGACCCCACCCUGGGGAAAAAGCACAGAAACUCCAGCAUCCUCUGCCUGCUCUUCAUUCCUGAAUCCAGGAGUCUCCUCUCCAGUUUCUCUCACUGAACUCCUUCCACUGCCUUUCCCUCUCAGAAUAAAAUAUCAUGCAAGA